GACCCAGGAGUUCUAGGCAGCCCAUGGCUGACGUGCCGUUUCCUUAAGACCGCGAUAGUUUAAAUUGGCACGUAGUACUGGAGGCAAUUGUUUGCUCUGCGGUUUACCUAACGCUUUAGGCAUUGGCUCCGUGUGAUCUCAGCAACAGCCUCCUUAGCUUGACACGACGGUGGACAAGAGUGGAGUAGCGGGGUUAGAAACUCAACAGCCCUUGCGUAUUGCCCUGGAUGCUCGCUGUUGGGUGAGCAGAGAGCUGUUCUGUGAGCAGAGGGCGGGGUAAAGGCGUUCUUCACUCGGCAGGAGGCUGUUCUGUGAGCAGAGGGCGGGGGAAAGGCGUUCUUCACUCGGCAGGAUGCUGUUCUUUCCUCCCGUUGCCUUUAAACCAGACGUCAGGGACCACCUGAGGAAUACUUUCACAAAUGAAGAGCUGGUAUCUGAAGUGGGUGAAGAAGUGGCUGAGCGGGAGUUUGAAGCUUUGCUUUCCUCACUGUCACAUCCCCCGUCUUUCACCUGCGUCCGUGUGAACACACACCUGGCACCGAGACGCCACAUCCAACACACACUACAGGAGGAGCUCACUGGGCAACAGCCGUGUGGUCGUCAUGGCGAGGAUGUGUCGCUUGUCCCUCUGCCACAUCCACAACUUCCAGACGUCUUGCUACUACCCAUCAUUGGGCCUAGGCGUGUGUGUGUGUUGGCCUCGGAGGUGCUGGUUGGAGCUCAGUGUGGCAGUGCGGUUCUGAGAGGAGCUCAUGUCUUUGCUCCAGGGAUGCUGAGCGCCCCAAAGACUCUGCAGGUUGGCGAUGUGGUGUCGGUGUUUUCUGACGUUGAGAGCAGGUGCACUCGUGGAGCCAAAAGCUUUGAGGGGCAGAAGGUGUUUCUGGGAAAUGGAGUUUGUGAGAUGAGUCGCUCUGAUGUGUUCUGCUCAGGAGGGCCACUGAGGGGAGUGGCCGUAAGGAUGACCGAUCGAUUGUACACCACCCCGUGUUUCGACAGGGUUCUACCGCAUCUGGUGUUUCUGCAGAACUUGCCCUCCGUGUUGGUGAGCCAUGUGUUGGGCCCGAGGCCAGGUGAGUGUGUGUUGGACAUGUGCGCUGCUCCAGGAGGGAAGACCACACACAUCGCCACCCUGAUGGGGAACAAGGGGGUGGUUGUGGCUCUAGACAAGACCCGGUCCAAAGUGGAGAAGCUGCGUGAGAACGCGGCCAAUCAGCAGCUCGACUGCAUCCAGGCCUACUGCUACAACAGCAUCCAGGCUGCUGCGUCCAAUCAGGCGCAUAAGACGCAGGAGAGCUCAGGUGGAGUCGACGGCCCCCCGUUCCCCGAGGAGACUUUUGACCGGGUGUUGUUAGACGCUCCCUGCAGUGGCCUCGGCCAGAGACCCAACAUGGCCGUCGGCGCCAGCCUGAAGGAGGUCUGCUCUUACCCGCCCCUGCAGAGGAAGCUGCUCACCACGGCCGUGCGUCUGCUGAAGAGAGGAGGUGUGUUGGUGUACAGCACUUGUACUGUGACUCUGGCUGAGAACGAGGAGCAAGUGGCCUGGGCCCUCAGAACAUUCCCAUCUCUAAAACUGCAACAUCAGGAACCUCACCUAGGAGAGCAAGGCAUGCUGGGAUCUGGACUGUCACAUGACCAGAGACUGCUCCUGCAGAGGUUCCACCCACGGAUGAAAGAAGGCAUGGCCUCAGAUGGACACGCCUCCAUGCCACGCCUUGACGAAGCAAAUUCAGACACCAUUGGUUUCUUUAUUGCUAAGUUAAUUAAGAGCUGAUCCCAACACGCGCACACACACACACACACACACACACA